UUAUGUACCUGCCAUCGAAAGAGGUGUUGCGGAGGGAGCACUCUCAAACUAUAGUGAUCUCAAAGACGGAAGGCGCUUGUUGCGGUACCUUCAUAUUGCAACUAAGGAUAAUAGCUUCAAACUGCUUUUGAACCAAACAUGCGGCAGGGAUUUAGCUCUCAGGUCCGGAAUAAAGGACAUGUUCAUCGUGUUCCACGCCAUCACAGCGUUUGGAGGACUGCGACUUUUAACCGACGAGCACAGGCUCCAAAUACAUCAGCUGCGUCGCAAAGCGGGGGCUUGGGCAGCUUGUCGGUACUGACCAAUACGCGUCCUGUGGAUCGGCUUCGCUUCCAGUCCAUCUUGGUCUUUAAGCACUUUGACACGGACGGGGACGGUAAGAUAACGGCCGAGGAGCUGGACCGGUAUGCCUCGUAUAGUGCGGAGCGUUUUGGCCCCGUAGCGGCGCAGUUUACGCCACUGUACGACAACUUGCGCGCCGCGUCAGCUACUGCCGGAGCUGUGGAUAUGGAGUCAUUUAUCGACCUGGUCAGAGAGCAGGUGAAGCUUGCUGCCGCCAGUAAGGAAUUCCCCCGCGCAGUGUUCAAGGAGUCCGAGCUGGGUCGCCUGGGCUGGGACUCCGCCCUGUCCCCUGCUGAGGUGUCCUCCGCGCUGGCAGUUUUCCGGCUGCUGGACUUCAAUUUGGAUAACUAUGUCAAACUGGAUGACCUCAGGAAGGCCCAGGGCAUUGAAAGGGAGGUGGUCGCGGAUAAGCUCGAGGACGCCGACACCAACGAAGAUGGUUUCCUUUCCUUCAAGGAUUUCUUGACGUCGUACGCUCGGGAGCGACCCGUGGUUCUCAACAUGUUGGUGCUGCUGGCGCACACCGCCGUGUUCUGGCUCGUCUUCAGCUUGCCCAUGUUGGACGUGCCGGUCAGGGCGGUGAUGUGCCUGGCGUUGCUGAUCAAGCCGCAGCUCGUCACGGGCCCGGUCAUCAAGCUCUACCAAAUCAUGAGGACGGUAAUUGACCGUGCGCGGGCGGAGAUUGAGAUGGCGAGCGCGGGUGGACGGGGCGCCGCCGCGUAGUAACGAAGUCACAGAGAAGUUGAAGCUGUAAUGGGAAGUCUCUGUGUGCCGGUUGUGUUGUGUGUGUCUCGCUUCCUCGUGGGCCGAGACCUGGGAGACGGUGGGUUCGUCAUACGCACAGCUUGAUUGUUGGCCCGAGAAUUUGUUUUGAGGGCUGAGGAGAGUGACUAGCUGAACAGGUCUUCGGUCUUCUUGUUGUGUAAUAGUUAAGAGAGGGCCUUUUCUGUGGGACGGCGGAGGUCAUGGCGGGUCAGGUUCGUACCUUCCUUCGGGGGAGGAGACUGAUGUGUGCGAUGGAGAGGGAGAGAGUGUGCGAGGCAGCAUAGUGUUUUACUUAUCUGUGUGUGUGCGCCGGAGUGUGUGCGCCGGAUGCCGGCUUUCGAGCUGCCGGAGGUCGGUGCAAAGGACUUCAUCAUCAAGGGAGAACAUUGAGAGUGGAGGAGCCUCUGGUGGGGCGAGUGCUCGACUAAAACUGCGUUACGGGAACUCCGAUCCGAGGGGAGCGAUGCAGCUGUGGACUGCAUGAAUGACGAGAGGCGAGAGGUUUUGAGCGUAUAAAUACAGAACGUUGCGAAAUGCAGAGGAUUAUGCUGAAGGUUGUUGGCUUUACCUGUUGCUACCCUUCCGUAUGUACAUACAUGCACACGUGCAUAUACCGUUUUGGCUGACGGGUGGCGCGCUGUAAGGCGCUCCGUUUUC